AUGGUUCUGAAAUCUCGCAAUCCUUCCGCGUUCCGCGGGGCCCGGAAAGCAGCGGACGCUGCCGCCCAUCCAUCAUCGUCCAAUGUUAAAGCCUCGGUACCUCCACACUCCGCUUGUCUCGCAGCUCGCCGCUACCCACCCACCCACGCUCCACUACACCCCUGUGCUUUGAGGACAUCAGAAAGGCCAGGCGCCAUGGAAGAGGACAAGAAGCAGAGAGGAAGGCAGGGCCACCCCCUCCUGCGGGGAGGAGGCGCGAGGACGGAGCCCUACACGCACGGCUUCUCCGCCACCCAGAUGAUGUCGCUCACCGCCGUCUGCGGCGCGCUGGUCCCGUCGCUGCCGCCCGACGCCCACCACCUGGCCGCUGACAAGGCCGUCCGGGACUUCUUCCUCGCAUCCGCCGCCGACCCGCCCGUUCCGGACGAGGUGGCGCAGCUGAUGUCGGCAAUGUGUCUCCGGGAGGCGCUGACGCUGGUGCGGACGGUGCUGUGGCUGCUGGGCACGCGGCUGGGGACGCUCGCGCUGUGCGGCGCCCGGUGCCUGUCGUGGAGCUCCCCGUUCGUGCAGCGGUUCGCGGAGAUGCCGGUGGACCGGCGGGAGGACGCGCUGCGCCGGUGGAGCCGGGAGACCAUGCUCCCGCCUCUGCGCCUCUUCUUCCUCCUCGUCAAGGUCUUCUGCCUCUACGUCUUCUACUCCUGGACCGACGAGAACUCGGAGAAUCCUCACUGGCGAGCAAUCGGCUACAGCCCGGCAACGGACGAGGCUACGGAGCAAGAGGAACAAGCAAACACCAAGCGGCCACUCGACGACGGCGUGGUCGAGACCAUCCACCAGACGGACGCGUCCCUCCCGACUAGCCUCGCCGAAAAGGGCCUCGCGGUGACCGAGGACGCGUCGCGUAACGUGUGCAGGAUCGAGUGCGAUGUCGUCAUCGUCGGCUCCGGCUGCGGCGGGGGCGUGGCCGCCGCGGUGCUCGCAGGGGCCGGCCACAAGGUGGUGGUCAUCGAGAAGGGGAACUACUUCACGGCCAGGGACUACACGUCCAUCGAGGGCCCGUCGAUGAGCCAGCUCUACGAGUACGGCGGGUUCGUGAGCACGAUCAGCGGCAGCGGGCUCCUCCUGGCCGGCUCCACGGUCGGCGGCGGCUCAGCCGUCAACUGGUCGGCCUGCAUCAAGACACCCGACAGCGUGCGCAAGGAGUGGGCGGCCGCGCACGGCCUGCCGCUGUUCGACAAGUCAGAGUACGCCGCCGCGAUGGACGCGGUGUUCAAGCGGCUUGGCGUGACGUCGGGCUGCAAGGAGGAGGGGCUCCAGAACAAGGUCCUGCGCAAGGGGUGCGAGAAGCUGGGGUACAAGGUCGAGCCGGUGGCGAGGAACUCGUCGGAGGGCCACUACUGCGGCAGCUGCGGGUACGGCUGCCGCACCGGGGACAAGCGCGGCACGGACACGACGUGGCUGGUCGACGCGGUGGCCCGCGGCGCCGUGAUCCUGACGGGUUGCAAGGCGGAGAAGCUGCUGUUCACUGACGCGGCCGGUGCGAGGGGGAAGCGGUGUGUCGGUGUGGUGGCUACCAGCUCCAACCCGGCGAUCACGAGGAAGCUGGAGGUGCGCGCCAAGGUGACCGUCGCAGCGGGCGGCUCCCUCCUCACGCCGGUGCUGCUGCGCGGCAGCGGGCUCAAGAACCCGCACAUCGGCAAGAACCUCCACCUCCACCCGACCGCCAUGGCGUGGGGCUACUUCCCGCCGGGCAAGAUGCCGGAGCUGAAGGGCAAGAUGUACGAGGGCGGCAUCAUCACGUCCCUGCACAAGGUGGAGGCUGCCGGCGGCGACGGGCUGCCGCACCGGGCCAUCCUGGAGACGCCGCUGAUGGGCGUGGCCGCCGCGGGGACGCAGUUCCCCUGGGUGUCCGGGCGCGACAUGAAGGAGCGGAUGCUCAACUACGGGCGGACGGUGCACAUCUUCUCCCUGGUGAGGGACCGCGGGUCGGGGACGGUGCACGGCGAGCGGCGGAUCGCGUACCACCUGGACCCGGUGGACAGGGAGAACCAGCGCGAGGGGCUGCGGAGGGCGCUGCGCAUCCUGGUGGCGGCCGGCGCGACGGAGGUGGGCACGCACCGGAGCGACGGGCAGAGGCUGAGGUGCAAGGGCGCGACGGAGGAGGAGGUGGAGGAGUUCCUGGACGGCGUGACCGGGGUGCGCGGGCCGCAGUCCAAGAGCGAGAACUGGAGCCUGUGCUGCACGGCGCACCAGAUGGGCAGCUGCAGGAUGGGCGCGACGGCCGGGGACGGCGCCGUGGACGCGCGCGGCGAGAGCUGGGAGGCGGAGCGGCUGUACGUGUGCGACGGCAGCGUCCUGCCCAGCGCGGUGGGCGUCAACCCCAUGAUCACCAUACAGUCCGUGGCCUACUGCCUCGCCACCGGCAUCGCGGAGCAGCUGAAACGCGACCCGUCCUCCGGGAGAAACCACUCCACAGAUUAA